UUACAUGCACACAAAUACUGUCACACAUAUACACAUACUUGGACAUGGCAAGGUUCAAAGAUAGAAAAAGUGUAAAUUAUUAAUGUCUUUUAUUCUUUCGUUUGCUUCCUGUUGGCUUCAUUUGUGUUUGAGCGAGAGUGGAAACAUUACACCGCGCAGACAUUCACGGGAAGUCUCCUGAUUUAAUGCAGCACCUUAAAAAGUAGAGACCCAAUGAAUUCUCUCUGGACCUUAUUUAAAAUUUCUGCGGUCUUAGAUUUGGUCUGUCUUUAAACCUCCUACCUAUUCUCUAGGUAUUGCUACAUGUGCAUAUGUGUAAGGGCUUCUUUUCACACUCUCAUUAUUGAUUCUAUUCAAUUUCCUGCACUGUAUGCGCUGUUUUGUUGUUUUUGUUGUUUGUUUGUUUUUUGCUUACUUGUCCAUUGACACAGCCUCCGAUAAAUUCACGUACAACAAACAGACAACAACAGUUGAUGUCACACAUUUGCAAAGUGCCUGGUGCAGAAACGAUGAACUGUGUAUGAGUUAAAACUGAGGUUAGGUCCCCACCCAGUGGAAUAAAUGUUGAUGUGCACAUAAUGAUUGUAUAUACAUUACACACGUAUUAAAAUACUUCUAUAUCCACAAAUAAAUAAUAAUAUAAUAUGUAAUAUUACAGAAGACACUGUAGAUAUAGGUUCAGUACAAGUCAGGCCUCUCAACAGCUACUUUAUACACAACCUUAUGAAAACAGUUGACAAUUAAAUUGUAUUUAGAUGGCACAGUUUUAGACAAUUUCAGGGCGAUCAGCAAAAGCAACAUUAAAAAUGCCAUUGCAUCAUAAAACUAAAACCUGAACAGAAAAAUGUUUACUGGAAUAACUGGGAAAUGACUGUAGGUUCGCUGCAUUGAGUUUAUGCAGAGUCCAGACAGCGCCGUCUUUAUGUUGGGUCUCACAGUCUGACUUGUUCCUGUGGGAACGAGCCAAAGAGUGUGUGUGUGUGUGUGUGUGAGUGUGUGUGUUUGGAUGGUCUGUCAGUGACCACCUUGAGUGGCCUACCUGAUGCCUGACUCUAUUCAUUACACUCUGGUUCCUGGGAAAAAUCUGUGAAAGAAGCUCUUGUUCUUGUUCACAUUCAUCUGAGAGAUGCUGAGCUCGGAAGACACUCAGACAUUUAACAGAGCAACAGCUCAGUGCUCACACUGCAGGUAAAUCUCAGAUUUUCCUCUAAUUUUUUUAUGUAUUUUUUUAGUUUUUCCUUCAUUUCCUUAUCUGUUAUAGAAAGAGCAAUUGUGUUUCUUUGAGAAAGAACCAGUUGAGAACUGAUGAAAAGAUAAUUGCAUGUAGAUAUUUCUGUGAACCUUGGCCUUUGAAUGUAUUCAACAGACAUGAAGUUUGUGAUCCCGUUUGCUCUUCUCAGUGGGAUUUUUGCUGCCCCCUUCAUGAAACAGGAGGAGGCGAAGCAAUUCAUCCGGCUGAAGAGACAGUCAGGACACUGGGACCCACACCACUCUCAGAACCAAUGGGGUUACACCGUUCAAGAACAGGCCAACGAGUACUGGACAGCCCUGCGGACAGAUGCUCAGUACUACAUGGACAUGAGCAACCUGAUGUUUGACAGCUCCGUGGCGACUGAAAACAACAGGCUGUAUAUGGAGAUGUUGCGCACUGCACAAGCUCACCUGGACAGCCAGACAGGUCGGAGCAGAUAGAGGAUGAAGAAGAGGAAAACCAUUGCUUUUUUAAUACUAUACUGUUCCUGUACAGAGGGCACAUUACAGUUCAAAACAGUUCUUGAUCUAUCUAUCUAUCUAUCUAUCUUGUAUUCGUGUUUUCUAUACAUUCAUAUUAAAUUGAUUGUUAAUUUGAAUUGUUUUUAUUAAAGUGUUCUUUAAGAAUAAUAUUGCCUGCGAUCAUAACAUUUUAUGUAAUAAAAAGUGUGCUUUUUUAUAGUUA